AUAUCACCUCUUCCUCUUUUUCGGUCAUUUUGCGACAGUAUGCUAUAUGGCUAGUUGGGGCUUCAAAUUUAUCAAAUGCCAAAAUGAGCUCUGAAUCCAGCCAAAUGGCUUUCACAAGGGCUCAAUCAAUGCAUUCAAAUAUUAGUGGAAAAAAAGAUCACGAAAAUAAGAAUGUCAUAUCCUUCAUUCAUGCUUCACCCACAUCAUCUCCAGCAAGAGUCACAGAAAUGACCAACGUCUCACCAACGCCACCUCCUUCAUCGAAAUCGAACAAUAAAGACCAAUUCAUUCAAACAUCAUCUUCACAACGUAAUGCGGGGCGAUUACCUCCAACGGUCGAUCCAUCUUUGAUACAUCAGUGUCAAUCAACACGAUUGGCAUUCUCCAAAGCCCUUGCAAACGAUCAAAUUGCCGCUUCUGAGCCAGACUAUCGUACUUCUUUCAAGAGUGCGAAUGAUGUGGUAAAACGCCUAUUGCCCUAUCACGUUUGGCAUGUUCGCGAUGAAGAUAUUCUGCAUGUCCUCAAUGAUCGUCAAUCCAAGAAAAGGUUGAAAGAAGAUAGAGUCGAUGUCGAAGAUAAUUCGAUGGGCAAGGCAGACGAAGCUCAAAAGGUUCUCUCUGCAUCUGUAUCACUAGUAAAGCGAAGGAAGAGGCCAAGAGGAAAGGGCGCUUCUCCUAUUCAACAGAUCGCAAAACAGUAUCCAACCAUUGCGGAAGCAGAUCAUUCAUGGCAAAAAUAUUUGGAUAUCCAUUCUCGUGCAAAAGGAUUGCAAAGUACGUUGAUAGGAGCACAGUCCGUACAGGCACCUGCCCCAUUUGCACAAGAAAGCAGAUAUCACUUAGAAAAGAUGGCGUGGGAAGAGGAGAGGGAAGCAUUAGUGGAAAAUCAACGAAUUUUGAGGGUAGUACGAGAGGAUGCAAUGGCAAAAGGUGUUCCUUGGAGUGCUAUUCUUCCGAUUCUGACCGGAGAAUUGCAAAAAGGAUCUGGAGAUGAAUCUGAUUCAGAAGAAAGGAGCGAAGAUGAAGAGGAUGAUGUGGAUAGCAGCGAUGUGGGAAGUGAAGAUGGCCACCAAAGUGCCACUAUAAGAAAAGGAGAGAACAAGACAGCACAACAUAAGUUUAUGCGAGAAGUUACAAAACCGAGAGGUAGACCGCGAAAGGAGCGUGACGAAUAUGGUAAAAUUAUUCGACCGUCCACUUCGACAACGAUGCCAACAAUUCAUUCAAGUGCAGAUCAACAAUCAACUCAAAGUACGAAUGCAGGACCUUCGCUUCCUUCACCUGCUUCAAACAUGAAAGGAGGUACUGCGACGAAAGAAGAACAAAAGCAGCAAGGCGGUGAAUCCAGUACUGCAUCUUCGUCUUAUGUCAUUCCAUCACAGCCUAUUCGAUUGGUUUUGCCAUUCUCUACCUUGACACAAUUAUCAGCUUUAGGAAUUAAUCCUAUUCCCGCUUCUCAUUUAUUACCAGCAAUCGCAGCAAGACAAGCAGCAGCAUCAUCACCUGCCACAUUCUCGAUGGAUCAAUUCGAUACGGCGCCUAGACCAUCGCCUGUUGAUCAACAAGAACCUGCUCUUUUGAUGGGAUUCACAUCAACUUCUGCUAUGAAAGAGAAUCAGUCACAAGAAGAUUCCCUAAAGAAGCAGCAAUCUGCUUCAUCGCAAAAUGAUGCUGAAAUGAUUCAUAUUAGUUUAGUUUUAAGCAAAUUAGGUCCAUCCCAAUUAUCUGGCUUGGCAACUUUGAUGCAAAGAAUGCAAUCGAAUGGUAAAUGAGAUUGAAAUUCUAUGUAUUAUGGUGAGGUGAAUUGUAUAUUAUUCUAUGUACUCUAUUGUGAUCGCCAUUUCAAUGUAUAUCUCCACUUCAAUGAAAGAGAAGGUGCGGCGGGAUUGCAUUAAUGGCCCAACCCCAUUUAUUGAUAAGAUCGGAGUUCUGGGCCUUUUCAUUCACCGCUUGUCUAAAAGAUUCAUACUCC